UCUAUGUACCAACCGCUCUCCGCAGAGCCGCACGAACCCACGGCCGAGGACAUUGAGCUCGGCAUUGGCACCGAGCCCGAGUCGGCUGCCCUCGACGAGAGCGGCGACGACGACGGUGAUGAUGAUGGCCACAAUGUGGUGGAAGGAGGUGAUGGAGCUGGAGGUGCUGGAGGCGAUGAUGACGCGCCGCCGGGUAUUCAAGCGGAGGUCGGUCUGUUGGUGCCGCCCGCCAGGAUGAGGAGAUGGCCAUGCGGGUGCCGGCGGCGGUCUCGGUGGCGCAGUACGUGCCGACAGGCGUGCCGUACAUCGAGUACAUCUCGGCGAGGGAGUACGAGCUCGAUCUCCGCAAGUGGCUCCAUAUCGCGUGGGAGGUGUAUCGUGCCAACUGGCUCAACCUCACCGGCGUGCUCGUUGUCCUCCUCUUUGUCGUUGCCAUCUCGCGCGUCUUUGGCGCAUUCGUCUUCUGGUACAUGACCAACGGUUUCAUGGUCAUGAUCCUCAACUCGAUCCGUGACGGCGAGCUCGCCAUCCGAGAGACUCGCUUCGGCGACGUCUUUACCGCUUGGUCCUACUUCUUCCCGCUCCUUGCCAUCACCGCAGGCCUGUUCGGCGUCGCCCUCAUCACCUUUUCGCCCACCAUCUACCUGCUGGAGGAGACCUCGCUCUCUUGGUUCUGGGACUUUGCCAUCUUCUCGCUCUGCACUCUGGUCUUCUUUUCGCUCCUUGCCUUUGUUGUCUUUGCCCCGCUCAUUCUCAUGGAGCACUACCGCGACGGCCGCGAGGGCGCCGCUCCGCUCACCCGCGCCGCCGCCCGCGCCGCCAACGAGCCGUCCGAGCUCUCAUCAAACUGCGGCUUUGGCGUCAUAUCGGCUCUCCGCUGCUCCAUCAUGCAGACUCGCCGCCAGUUCAUGCCCGUCCUCACCGGCCUCAUGGCCUGCUUCUCCGUCGCUUUCUCCGGCCUCUUUUUCCUUGGCAUCGGCGUCCUCAUCACCUUCCCCAUCGGCGCCGUCAUGUUUGUCAUCAUGUUCCGCGAGAUUUUUGGCGUUCGCGAGACUGAUGUUCGCCCUGGUAACUGCCUCUUCUGUGGCUGCAAGUAAUCGUAAACUCAAGCCUCUUUCUC